UCCAAUCAGAAUGGCUGUAUCAUGACCAUAGAUUCGCCGACAGGUGUCAGAAUUUUCAACGGGAAGUUACAACAUAUUGAAAACAUACGACGGAACAAAACUGAUAACCAGUAUCUUCAUGAAUCGACAAUGAAUGAAGAUAGAUCACGGCAGAAUCCAAACAUGGACGACAGUAGGAGAGAUUCAGAUCAAAACUUUUCACUUCGUCUUGGGAAUCUUCAAAUGCCACUUCAGAUUCAGAAUCGUUUGCCUCUUGGGAGAAACAUGACAAAUAUGGCUCAGGGCUUCCUGCCCCAUUUCCAACAAUCAUCACGUACUACAGGUGCACCUGCACUGUCAGCAUCAGUGAUAUCAGAGCCAUCAGCUGUCAUUGACAUGUCGUCACUGGGAACUAUAAACUCCCAAGCAACUAUUCACCCUCAACAGCUGUAUGGGGACAGCCAUAAUCAUGGACAUGGUCAUGGACACGGGCACAGUCAUGGACAUGGACAUGCCCACAUGGCACCAAUGCAAGAUGAGAACCAAAACCAUAAUAUUAUGGCAGACAAUCAGAAUCCAUUGAAUGAGCUUCAGCAGAAUGACUGGAGACCGUUUCUUCUCUGGUUCCAGAAGUGUGGGAUUUUCUUUGUGCUUCUCUUCAUGAAACUGAUGUAUGACCAUAGAUUAGGAUUACUGGUUUUCUUUGCCUUGGGUGGAACAUUUUAUUAUGCGAACAUGAAGCUUGUACAGUUCAUACAUCAGACUGCUGUGAGGGAGAGUCGAGCUCUGUGGGGAGUCUUCCAACCUCUGUGGCUAAUAUCCUUCCUCACAGUAAACAUAGCCAUACUCUACUAUGCAUUCUCAGAACAAAAUAUAUGGAAGCUAUUGUUGUUCAAGAUGCCUAAUGUAAACGAGGUCGACAUUUGGACGCUGCUGUGGAUAGUCCUACUGACUGACUACAUUAUCAAGUUCUCCACGGUCAUACUGAAGUCAUUUAUUGCCAUGGUGCCUCUGCAGUGUCUGCCCCACAAGAGGAGGGGCAAAUAUUUUAUGUUUGUGGAGCAUGUGUCUCAAUGUUACCGUCACCUAAUACCCAUAAUUCCUUGGAUACACUUCCUGUCUGAUGAUCAGCAGUCAGCUCGCUGGUUCUCCAUCUUGUGUGUAAUAGUAUAUGGUGUCUUCAAACUAAGCAUUCUAUGGGGAUUGUGGCGGGAACUCAUCAAGGCAUUCAACAGACUCCGUGUUCAAGCAAAUUUUGGUGUGAAACCGACUCCAAGUGAGUUGAAGAAUCGAGGAGAACAUUGUCCAAUAUGCCAAGAUGAUUAUAAGGAACCAGUCAUGCUUACAUGUAAACAUGUGUUCUGUGAAGAUUGUGUGUCACUGUGGUUUGACCGUGAAAGAACUUGUCCCAUGUGCCGGGCUCAGAUUACAGACAAUCCCCAUUUCCAGGACGGGAGUACAAGUUUCCAUCUACAGUGGUAUUAAUACCUCCUUGUGGUAUCCGUACCAAUGAUGCUCAGUCUUCGUCUUAGUCCGGACGUAUUGAAACUCACUGAAGUCUUCAGAAACUUUCUGAUGUUGCUGUUCCCAAGAACUAUGAUCAGCUGCUUUUAACCUGAGUGAAUGUUGUUUUAUGACAACGUCAGCAAUGUUCCAGCCAUAUACUGGAACCUGUAAAUAAUCAAGACUGGACAAGGUAGCUACCUCCUUGAUUAUCUGUGUAUUAUGUAUUCAUUCUGUUGUGAUAAAUACCUCAGACUUUCCCCAUAGCUUACAUUUGGGAAGUGACGCCUCUUUCCUAUCCCAGGUUUACUCCAAAAUGUCUUUUAGAAUGAGAGUAUGGGAAUUUAUGAAGACCUGCUCAAAGGCCAGUACAUGUAUCUGACUGCAAGACAUGUCUGUAGACUUUCCCAAACUGGAAUUACAAAUUCGUGUAGUUCAUUCAAUUUAUGCAGUAUCAGGUAAUAUUAUACAUUGUAGAUGUGACAUGUAUUUACUCGGACCGGUUUCAGCUUAAUAAAAUUGCAUGUUACAGGCACUUAGUUUGGAGUCCUGGAUAAAUUCUUGGAGUAAUUAAUUUGGAUAGCUAUAAUUAUUACAGUAUUUAAAAUCAGGUUCAAACUGAAGCUGUGUUGGCUUAUCAGUCCAGUGUAUUUGUCAUACAAGAAUGGAUAUAUAACUCCCCAGAAAAAUUAGGGUUGUAUAACCAGUGGUUGAUAGUAUGAGUGACAAUCGCUGGAGUCAAGGCAUGAUGUCACUGGCGACCAGGUGUCAUAAUAUGGCCACUGUAUCCUUGGAUUAGUUGGCACUUCCUUUAAGUAUGGGAUACUGUGUUGGUUUUGUACCUUGGGAACCCCACAGGUAAUGACAGUUUGUUGUAUAGUAUUCCUGGUAACCAUGGUAACAGUUUUUGUUUGCUCUCAGCUGGACUGGUGUUCUGAUGACUAUUUAUUGAUCAGUAUUUGAUGCCAUGCACAUAUAGUUUGACAUCUGACAGUUUCCUUUUGAACAUUGUAUUUAAGUCUUGAAUUUUGUUAUCCCCUUGUGGUAAAUACAUGAAUAAAAGCUCUGGCUCCAGACUUGUCCAGAUAUUAUCUUAGUCUACCGGAAUAUAUCUUUAAAGCUUUGGAAAUUUGUUUUCAAAAUACUAGUACUCUAAGUGUGAAUCAAACAAAAAGUGUCACUAUGUUAACAUUUUCUAUCAGUUGAAUUCAUUUCCAUUUUGUAGCAAAAUUCUUUGUGAACUGGAUUCAAUCUGUAGCCCACAAAUGAUACCUUUUACUGAGGUCUACCAUCACUGGAAGUCUACUAUACUAGACCACAGCAAAAUUUAGCAAUCAUGAGCUAGAGUACUAGAAUUUUGAAGGCUGAAAUGUAAUUUGCUUCAUGUCUCAAAAUGUAUGUUUGCACUGUAUAUAGAGACAUUACCUGUCAUGAACAUAUUGCCGUCAUCAGUUGAAGAAUCCUGUAUAAAGGUACGCUGCGUUUGUAUAUGGUGUAACCAAUCAGGUAUCAUGUUACUACUGUGUUACAUCAUGAUUUAAGGCUGCUGUUGAUAGACCCCAGGGUUUUGCAUGAUUCUAAAUAUUGCACUUAAUACAUGUAUAAAAUCAGAACAGAUGUCGAUAAUAUUCACUGCCAGUCCCAUUACCAACAUUCAUGAUUUGUGAAUAAUGUAAAUCUAAGAAGUCUAAGGUAAAUCCCUGGAUCUGAAAUUAAGAAAAUAUUUUGGUAAAUGUGGAGACAUUGGUUUGAUAAAAGCUGGGUUUGCAUUAGUUGACUAGGUAUUAUGUAGGUAUUUUCUGAGGUCCAAUUGUGCUUGCUCAAAUCAGCUGUUACAGUAUCUAUUACAGAAAUUGAGUCAAUAUGAAUUGCAUAAUUUAACAGUGUGUGUUUUAAUUACUUGUAUUUCAUCAACAGAAAGUUGGGGAAUGUUUAAAAUGAAGUGUGUUGGAUAGUAUCACAUUUAAUUUAUAUCUAUAUUUGCACACACGGACACCUGUCCAUGUAAAUCCCUUUUGUCAUCAUCUGUGAAAUAUACUAAGUGUUAAUAACCUUCACGAAAACAAGAAAUGGAGAAUUGUAGAUGUACAGCAUUGAUAUUAUUCUUCACAUUCUCCUUUAAAUUUGACUGGGACUAAUAAAAUAAUUACUUUUUCAAUAUUUCACAAUAUGUAUUUUUACAAUGUUUAACACAGAUGGCUUAAGACGGAUUUCAAUGUUUCUUGAAUAGUAUCAAUCUGGAUCAUAUCAAAAUAU